UUCCAAGUUUAGAAGAGAUGAAGGCUGUGAUAUCAAUCCAUGCUGGAUGAACUGCACAACCCAGUUGGACCUGUAUGCUGGAGUACCAGACCAAACAGCUGGUCCAUACCUGUGUUCAUAUGUGAGGUGAUAUGGCGAGAAGGAGUGAUGCCUUUGGGAAAUGCUUCAACGUGUCAGUUGUGGGACUCUCAGGGACCGAGCGCGAUAAAGGGAGUUUAGGAAGCGGGAAGUCUUGCCUCUGUAACCGCUUUGUACGCCCUCAUGCUGAUGAUUAUUACACGGAUCAUAUAUCUGUUUUGAGUCAGACUGACUUUUCUGGCCGAGUUGUGAACAAUGAUCAUUUCCUCUAUUGGGGUGAAGUUACCAAGACUGCUGAAGAUGGCUCUGAAUUUAAUUUCCAAGUUGUUGAACAGACAGAAUUCAUUGAUGAUGCCUCCUUUCAGACAUUCAAAGGAGGAAAGACAGACCCAUACUUCAAGCGCUGUUGUGCUACAAAGUUGUCAUCUGCAGAGAAACUCAUGUAUAUUUGCAAGAAUCAGCUUGGUAUCGAGAAGGAGUAUGAAGAAAAGCUGCUUCCAGAUGGAAAGAUAACAAUUGAUGGGUUCCUCUGUGUGUUUGACGUGAGUGUAGUGCAAAAUCGAAGCUUGGAUCGGCAAUCCGAAUACACGGUGGCCAUUCUGAAUAGCAUCAUGCGCACAAAGAAGCCUGUUGUGCUUGUGACAAGUAAAAAUGAUGAGGCCAAUGAGCUCUACAUCAGGGAGGCAGAACGCCUUGUAGCUCGCAAGGAAUUCAAAGGUUCCAUUCCUCUUGUGGAGACAUCAGCUCAUGAAAAUGUGAAUGUGGAUCUGGCAUUUGUCAUCCUUGCUCAACUGGUUGAUAAGUCUCGAACUCGACUGCGGAUAAUCCCUUAUGUGGAAGCGGCACGGCAUCGUAAGGAAAUUCUUGAUGCUUGCACUGAAAACUUUCAGCGCCUUGUCCGCUCUCAGGUGACAGACUUCCGCACCUCCUGGGCCCUAGCAACAAAGAAGAUAUUUGCUCAACACCGAGAUUUCCUGAACUAUUGCGAUUUAAUGGGCAGGGAUAGUGCUCAGAGACUAUUCAAACGACAUGUUAAGAAGCUGAAGGAUGAUUUCAUUCAGAGGAAGCUCCAGGGUUACUUGGAGAUGUUACCUGAUGUCCUUAUGGAAUUUUUCCCUGAUCUCAGCUCUUUGGAACAAAGUGACUGGAAUGGAAUACGGGAACAGAUCAUGAAUCACCCAGACUUCCAUCUCCAUUUUGUUGAUGCACCUCUGGAUGAAAUGGAUCUAUUGGAGACAACUGAUUCUCGGAUCCCUGUUGAUCUGUUGGAGUCCAUUGAUGCAGAAACCUGCUUCCGAAACCAUAUCAAUGCACUGUUGGCAGAGAGGAAGCGAGUGCAAUUGAGGGAGGACUUCAAGAAGCUGUUGGAAGAUUCUGGGUAUGUGACACCUGGAAAAGGCUUGUCAGAGGUCCAAGUGCUUUUCAUGGGUCGAGAAUGCUUUGAAGCCCUCCCAACCAGGGAUGUUCAAGAAGUGUAUGAUCUUCAUCAGCGGGAAAUCAUUGAUAGGGCCAGGCAAAACUUCCAGGAACUUCUUCUGGAGUAUGCUGAACUGUUUUCCCAAUAUCGCAACAGUCCCUCCUCAAGUUCAGGAUCCAUGACACAGGAUGAUGUUCGACAUAUUCAGGAGGCUCUCCAAGAAGAUUCCAGGUAUAAAGCAUUGGACCGCUUGGAGCAAGACAGGAAACUGAUGUUGCUGCAGCACCUAGGCUUUGUGUAUUGUCCUCUUCGAGAGCACUGUCCCUCCUAUCCGAAUUGCAUUGAUGCAGUCAUUGAACGCAUACUUGCUACCAAAGUGCAGAGGAGUAGUGGAAGUUGGACAAGUGGUAUGGGAGCACCACCUGGUCCUGGUUGUUUCAAUGGAGGAAUAUCUAACCAUGUCAACCUGGUUCUUCUUGGUGCCACUGGGCUUGCACAGGAACUGGCUGCUGAGAUUCGGGCUCAAUGUGAUGAUGAUGAACUUGAGGUUGAUGGGCAGCUUUAUUCCCUGGAUACUCAUGUCAUUGAGGGAGAUGUAAAUCUGCCACAGAAUGUUUUACAUAGCACAGACUUCACUCCACAAGGGAUAUUGUGUGUGUACUCAAGCAGCCAAACUUUAGAGUACCUGAAUGAAAGUUUGGAGAAGACUUUGCUUUCCAAUUUGGAACAAGGAGAUCGUCUCCCUUUUCAAGGGAUACCAAUUCUGAUCUUAUUUGGAGGCGACCCUGCUCUUGGGGAAGCUGCCCUAUUCUCCCUGCAGGAAGCUGGCCAAAGCCUUGCACAAAGCCAACGAUGUGAGUUUGUGAGUGUGAAUGAAGCAAUUGGAGUUGUGGGAAGAAGGGUGCAUCCUCUUCUAGUCCAAGCUGCACUUCAGAAGAUUGUCCCAAUCAUCAAGGAUCGUGGCCUUCUUCCCCUUCUACCAUCUCCUUCCCUUAAUCUCUCUCAUAACAUCCUUGCUGGCCUUCAAGACCCAGUUGAACCUGAUUUCCGUGCAUUCCGAGAUGAUCUCAUCCAUGGCUUCAUUCUAGUCUAUUCGACCAAGCGCAAAGCUUCGCUUGCCAAUCUCACUGCAUUCUCCAAUCACAUUCCACAUCUCCCUAUUCAAAUCCUGGCUGUGACUGAGGGUGGAGGUGCCAAUGCCUUUUUCAGCUCAGAUCUGAGUCAUCAACUCAUUACCGAGGGCAAUAACAUUGCUGACAAGCUACAGGCUCACUUCACCACUUCAGCUGCCACUACUCAACAGAAAACUGCCUUCUACUCCUCCUUUUUCCGGGAGGUGUGGGAAAAGAAGCCAGAGAUAGAGCAGGCCCUGGAAUUAGAGGAGAGGAGUCUAGAAGGUGAUAGUGGAGAAGGAACACUGGAGAGACCUCGUGCACUCGGUCUCCCUCGACCUCCUAAUGCUCGGCGCAACCCUUAUCGAACUCGAAGUGCUUCUGCUGAUGGGAGUGGAGGUUCAGAGUCUUUGUAUGAACGCCUUCCUGCUGAUGGAUCCCCUGGAGAUGACCUGGAAGAACCACUUUCCCCAACUGGAGAUGAGGGAGUAAGAUCCUCAGAUGACAGUGAGGCCUAUUCUCCCCUCCUCACAAGAGACCGUCGCCUCCCAAAUGACCAUGAGGAAGCUCUAGUUAAGCCUUCUCAACUGAAGAAGAAAAUUCUUAAAGAGGGCUACAGGGAAGGCUACCCAAGCCCUGGCUCACGGUCCAUCACAAGGCAAAAACUCCCCCCUCCUCCCACUGCUCCUCCUCCUCCCCCUCCCUCAACAGGAGACACUGAACUCCAUUACCAUGUAUCCACCAUCAUCCAACAAGGUCCAAUGAAUUCACCUCCUCCCCCUUAUCAUGCCUUCUCAUCCCCAUACAAUGCCGGUGCCACUGCUCGUCAUGUUUCACGCUACAACUUUACCAAUGCCCUUGUUCUGUGGUACAUCAGAGAGUCAAGAAUGCCCUUUGAAGGCCUGCUUAGCUGCAUGAGAAUCACAGAGAGUCUGAGUGAUGAUGGAGAAAUCCUCAUUGCAGGGGGAAGCAAGGCCACAAUGCAUCAACACUCAUCCCCUCCUGAACCUGCUCCCCCAGAUUUUCUGCAUUUGCGGAGACUGCGCAAAGCCACCACUCUUCCAUCCGACAGCGCUUGGGUGGAUGACAGCAAUUUUUGGAGACGAGCUGAGGAGCUGCCAUCUGGUGGGCGAUCCAUGACACUUGGAAGAAACAAAUCCAGGCCUUCACCUACAUCGAAUCAAUCCAAAGGAAAAUCCCCUCACACAUUGAAGCAACCUGGGAAAUUGAACCUGGAUCAUUUUUCUAACAUCACCGAUGCAAUAGCACGAUUGAACCUGGAGAAUCAUGGAAAGCCGCCUCCUCCUGACAUCCCCAAGGCAAAGGAGAGUGGAUAUGGUCAGUUUGAUGGGGCCUUCUCUUACCUGCAUGGAGAUGGAAAGCCACGUCUCCCUGCUCGCAGAGUACAGCGCAAAGAAAAAAGCCGACCUUCAUAUUCGGAAUCUGAGAGCGACGCCACCUCUCCCGAUUGUCUUGUGAGGCCUCCCUUGACCAUACCCCAAGGGCCAUUAGUUCCCAAUCCUGCCCCAGGGAGGAAGCCUCGCUCCAAGAAGAAGCGAGCUGCCAUUCCUGUUGCCAUGCCAACUGUCCCCUCAGUGGGGAAUCCUCCCAGUGGGUACAAGGCUUCUGAUGCCUCUGAUAUAGCUCGAAGCCAAAGCGCAUCAGAGGACAGUGAUGUCACUGACCACCAACAGCAAAGGCCUCGAAGGAGGAGAUCACUACGUGCUAAGAAAAAGUCCUCCACAACAUCUUCAUCAUCAGCCACAGGAACUUUUGUUCCUGUCCCCUCUCCUGUCCAACCCACCAAAGGGAAUUCUUCUGCAUCUGAAUUAUAUUCUCCAUCCUCUAAAGGGAAAGGAGAUGAGGUUUUCCGUGAUGAAGAGGGAGUGCCCUCCCCACAAGAUUCAGCUUCUCCUCUCCUGGGUCCGUUGCCUAAGUCCAAGUCAGUGAGUGAUGCCACAGCAGAGCAGAUGCGCCGCAAGGAGAAGGAGCGAAAGAAGGAGGAAGAGAAGCGGGCAAAGAAAGAGAAGGAAAAGGAGAGAUUGGCUAAGAAGCAGAGUAAGAAGGGCAAGUCUGCUGCUAUCCCAUCAUUCACUGUGGAGGAUUUUGUCCAGUCAGACACAAAUCCCAUCCCGCUCUUCGUGGAGAAGUGUGUGCAAUUCAUUGAAGACGAUGGCCUGGAUUCUGAGGGCGUCUAUCGCGUCCCAGGGAACCGGGCUCAGGUUGACCUCCUCCUUCAGAAGUUUGAUGAAGAUCCUAAUUUAUCCAUUGUGGAGUUGGACAUUCCUAUGAAUGCUGUUGCCACUGCUCUUAAGGAGUUCUUUGCCAAGCGCCUCCCACCAUUGCUUCCACCAGAAACCAUGGAAGAACUGGCCCGUCUUGGAGGUAAGAUUUCUUCUUCCUACAGUUGAAAAACCCUUCAUCCAUUUUUGUUACCUUUCUUUGUUUCCUUAUUAUUAGAAAUGCCCGACAAGAGUCUUCGCCUGCUUCACCUGAGAGACCUGCUCAAGAGACUCCCUCAAACAAAUUUUCACAUCCUCAAGUACAUGUUCCAGCAUUUUGUGAAGUGA